GGGAUCUAGGUGUGACUAGUGAAAUGCAAACAAAAAUGAAUAUGACAUAUAUAUUGUUUAUUUCUACUGAAAAUAAAGUUGGUGGUUGUGCAAUUGUAGAAAAAAUUAGUCAAGCACAUCGUGUCAUCCCGUCUUCAGUUCCUAGUCAAAUUGGGUCACCCAAGAAGAUUCUUCAUUCUGAAUCUGAAUCAGUUCAAGCCUUAUGUGGAAUCUGUAGAUUAUGGACUGCUCCAAUGUAUCGUCGGCAGAAAGUUGCUACAAGAAUACUUGAUUGUUUGAGAUGCAAUUUUAUAUAUGGAUAUUUAUUAAAUGUGGAUGAUAUUGCAUUUUUGGAUCCAACCAUUGACGGAAGACAGUUUGUUGAAAAAUACACAGAAACACCAAAUUAUUUGGAAAUUGUUGGUGCUCAACGAAAAGGAGUAAAAUUCUCAUACACAAUGUACUGUUAUUAUUUGAGAGUGUUGUUUUAAAUGCAAAUGUAACCAGAA